GCGUACAUCUGCACCGAGUCUUUCUUGGAACCUUACUUAGGGGCUCCCUAACGACGCAUGGCACCCUAAUAACGACCCACGGGACCCUAAAGUAUAUCCACAGGCAAUGACCAUGCGGCGGUGCACUGGCCAGGUAUAUAACACUGUGGAUCGCUUCUUGGUUCUGCCCUCAUUCAUACAGCAAACGAAUAACCCACAAUGACGCCCAACUCUCCCCUUAUCGCUAUCACCGGUAUCAAUGGCUUCAUCGCUGCCGAGGUCGUCCUCCUCUUCCUCGCUCGAGGCUGGCACGUCCGCGGUUCCGUCCGUACCUCCACCCAAGCCGAAAAGCUCAAGAACCUUCCCGCCUAUGAAAAGUACUUUGCCAGCGGCCAGCUUGAGGUGGUGGUAGUGGCGGAUCUGUCGAAGGCUGAUUUCACCGAGCUGCUCGAGGGUGCGGAUGCCGUGGCGAGCCUCGCGGCGCCUCUCCCCAAGCCUGGUGAUCCCACUAUCACUUGGAGCGACUUCAAGCGUCCUACUAUCGACCCUGUGCUGAGGAUCCUUGACUAUGCCAAAAAAUCUACCACUAUCAAGAGUGUCGCUAUCAUGUCAUCUUCCGGCUCCUCCAUCAGAUUGGACCAUCAACCCAACAAGGAGGACGACUGGACGCCUUACACUGAGGAGUAUUGCGAGUCUCUUAGCGCUGCUACCAACCCUCUGGCCACUGCCGUCUGGUAUUUUGCCGCCCAGAAGUAUGCCGAGGAGGCUGUUUUGAAGUGGCAGGAGACUGAGAAACCUUCCUUCGCUAUCUCUACUUUCUGUCCUUUCAUGGUCUACGGCCCUGCACACUAUAUCCCCUCCCUCGCCAAUCUCAAGGCUCUCACAGGCUCCACCGACGAAUUCCUCAACCUUUUUAUCGGUAAAGACCAGCCCUUUCCAGGACAGUUUUCGAAAAGCUUUGUGGAUGUUAGGGACGUUGCGGAGGCGUCCUAUCUUGGUAUUACCAAGGAGGUUUCGGGCAAGUAUCUGGUUUCGGGACAUGAGUACAGCUGGCAAGAGCUUGCGGAUAAGCUUAGGGAACUCCGACCCGACUUGGACGCUUACUUUCCGCUUGGAGAGCCUGGGACGCGGACUCCGGAAGACUGGUCUAUGGAUUCUAGCAAGUCCAAGAGAGAGCUCGGUAUUGAAUGUGCGUAUCUUUAUCAUCUUUCCGUAAGGGCGGCGCUGAUGGGCUGUAGACCGCUCGACUGAGGAGACUUUGAAAGGUGCUAUCGACUUCUUUGAGGGCCUUGGGCUGUUCAAGGAGGCACCCCUUGGGGCGAAGGCGGCUUUGUCGAAGACUGGUAUACAGUCUUUAGCGCUUCACACCUGCUAAGAUGAAUGCAUUGCGUACCUAGUAUACA